AUGGCCAAGUCCAAGGAGAUUCCCGGCACUGGCCCUGUGGAAUCGUCGCAGGUCAAGCUGCUGUACCUGACCGCCUACAACUUCACGUCGGCGGUCCUCUGGGCCACGGUGCUGGGCCGCACGGUUGGCGCCGCUUAUCUGCGCGGGCCCGAGUACGUGCCGAUUGCUGUCAGCUACUUUGUGCGCUGGACCCAGACGCUCGCCCUGCUGGAGGUCGUGCACUCGCUGCUGGGCGUCGUCCGCGCUCCCUUUUUCACGACCGUCAUGCAGGUUGCCAGCCGCCUGCUGCUCGUGUGGGCCGUCGUCUACCCGUUCCCCAACGCCACCACAUCCAGCGUGUUCUACACGUCGAUGCUGCUCGCCUGGAGCACGACCGAGGUCAUCCGCUACUUUUACUUUGCUCUGAGCCUGGCUCGUAGCGCGAGCUCGUCCGGGAGCGGAGCCAACCCGCCGGUGCCCGACUGGUUCACCAUCCUGCGCUACAGCACAUUCCUCGUGCUCUACCCCAUCGGCAUCUCGUCUGAGGUGCGCCUCGUGUACCUGGCCGCGGCGACGCCCGGCGCCGCCGAGCGCCUGCACCCGUACUACCCCUACGCGCUGUACGCAGUGCUGGCCAUCUAUGUGCCCGGGUCGUACAUUCUCUACACGCACAUGCUGGCGCAGCGGCGCAAGGUGCUCCGCCGGCUCAAGGCCGACUCGAGCAAGGCCCAGUAG